AUGCUUCGCCGUUCGGUGGCGCGACAGGCGCCGCGAUCGGCUCGCACGAUCCUGGGGAUCGAGAGCUCGUGCGACGAUUCGUGUGCGUCGGUCGUCCGCUCGGAUCGAACCGUUCUCUCGUCCGUCGUGGUGCGCCAGAACCACCAAGACACCCAGGGCAUCCACCCGCUGCAUGCUGCGCGAGGACAUCACCGGCAUGUGCCGCGGGCGAUUGCACAGGCCCUCGACGAGGCGCAGCUCACGAUCCACGACCUGGAUGGCAUCGGUGUGACGCGCGGUCCGGGCAUGCCUGGCUGCCUGGCGGUAGGCAUGACGGCCGCCAAGACUCUCGCGGCCGUGCACGCCAAGCCCCUCGUCUACCUGCACCACAUGCGGGCACAUGCACUCACGCCGCUUCUGACGGAGGCGCAGCCGCCAGCGUUUCCCUUUCUCACGCUUCUUGUUUCAGGGGGCCACACGAUGCUCGUGCUCGUGCAUAGCCUCGACCGCUUCGCCAUACUGGCAGAUACCCUCGACGACUCGGUCGGCAAUGCCUUUGACAAGUUUGCACGCGAGCUGCAGCUGGGAUGGCAGAGUGCAUCGGGUGCCCUCGUCGAGGCGUUGGCUGCACACGCACAGCCCCAUGAGCCUGUACUGCCCCACAUCCUGCUCGGCACACCCACAUUUUCGUACUCGGGACUACGCUCGGCGGCAGCGCGGCAUAUAGCCCGGGUCGGCGGCGCAGCAGCCAUGUCUCAUGCCGCCAAAGCAGCGCUGGCGCACGACUUCCAGGUCGCUGCCUUUGCACCGCUGGAGGACAAGGUCGUACGCGCGCUCGUGCCCCAGCAGCGCGGCUGGCAGCUCCCUGGCAUGGAUCCCAUGUCGAUUCGGAGUGUCGUAUGCAGUGGCGGUGUAGCCUCGAAUCAGUUUUUGCGGCACAGGCUGCGGUGCGCGCUCGACAAGCAUGGUCGAUCGGACGUGGCCCUGCACUUCCCGCCGCUCUCAUUGUGCGUCGACAAUGCCGCGAUGAUCGCAUGGGCCGCGCACCUGUACUGGCACACUCGGACGCACGAUAUGACGCCGCAUGUCGUUGCCAAGUGGCCUAUCGACGCCGCCUAA